UCACAAUUAUUGUUUUUCUAUAGUUCGUACGUACAGGAAUGAAAACGGCGGUUUGUUUCGCUGAAUAGUGUUUUGCAUGGUGUACAUGCAUAAUUGUAGCUUUUGACGAUCAACGACCGGUUUGUACUAUAGACACUGCAUAUAAUAGUUUGUACGUUAAAGUUUAAGUGAAGAAAUUUUAUUUUAUAAUCGGAGUUGAGUGAGCGCUUUUGUACUUUGAGUUUUCCAUUUUUUUUUCACCUAACCUCGCACAAAAAGUAGCGUCUUUCGCACCGUGGCGUCCUGUUUGCGGAAGUGUUCGUGUUCUUCCAUUCAGUUUAUUUUCUAAGCUAGAUAAAUUGGCCAGCAAAAAAUGCGGCAGCGUUCGAUGUCCGUGUACGAUCCGAAGGACGGUAACCGCUUGUCGAAAAGAUUUGAAGGAGUUGUUUCGGACGCUGAAGAUCAAUCGGACCUGGAAAGUGAUGACGAUACAAAGGACAACAUCAACCCAGUGUGCCAGGCUGGUUGGUCGAAAACGGAUUACGAUGUUCUACUUGAGAAGCUGAGAGCUGUGCUUCCGAAGAAGGAUACUAAGAAGUUUUCCAGCCGGUUGCAAACGAUUAAUUGGACGCAGAUUGAGGUUCGAAACCAUAGCCCGGCAGAUGUGGAACAAACCGUCAAACUUGUGCUGGCAAAAAUACGUCGCUUUCGAACGCUGGAAGAAAUGCUCACCGAUGCUCCGGAGGUUAUCAGUAAGCUGCUAAAUGCUGAGAAACCCAAAGCCCCGCCUUCUGCUUACACGUUGUUCAUGAAGGAAAAUAUGCCGCGAUGGAAGGGAGACGGUAUUGAUUCGAAAAAUCUCUUCAAAACAGCAUCUAAAGAGUUUCACGAUAUGUCUGUAAAGAAAAAACGUAAAUAUGAAGAAGCUGCAGGUCGCUUGAAGGAGGAACAUAAGACAGCUUUGGCAAAAUACUACGAGGAACAUCCGGAUAUGGUGGUAAAGCAGAAAACUAAAAGAAUACAAACAAACAAAACGCCCUUCAACUUGUUCUUGUCAGCUCGACGGGAAACUUCAGACAAUAUAACUUUGGCGCAAGCUCGGAAGGAAUGGGAAGAUCUACCCCAUAAGAAAAAGCUGAAGUAUGUGCAAGAGUCAUUUGCUGCGCAAAGUACAGGAAAGUGGUUAAACAAAAAAGAACAGGAGAUGCUGGAUCGUUUUCAUGGUAAGCCCGAAUUUGUUGGCAGAAAUGCUUUCGAAUUUUUUAUCCGGAAGACUCGGUCUCGAUUUGAACCGUUAAAUAUGAGCGGUAAAACUGUUCAGCAAAAAAUACGAGAAGAGUACCAUAAACUGAGCCCACGAGAGAUCUUGGAUUUGAAAGAUGAAUAUGCUUUAGCCAGGGAACAGUACAUAACUCAAUAUCGUGCUUACAUAUCCAAUCUGCCGCCGGAUAAGCAGGAAGCCGAGCUGGAGCACAUACGCAGUUUAACGGAGAAAAGUACAAAACCAAAGCAGAAAAAGAAAGACGAAGUGAAGGUGCAACCGAAGGAAGAGGAAUUCUAUCCCGGAUCUGCGGACGAAGAUCCGCCGGUAGCAGAAUCGACCGCCAUUAAAAAACCUACCAAAGCUAAGAAACAAAAGACUACGGUUACGCCGGUAGAGCUAGAGGCUGCUAGGGAAAAAUCCCCUACCAAACGGCCAAAUGAAAGUUCUCCUUUACGUAAACAAGAUGUACCGGAACCGAGCUUACCUUCAAAAGUAAAAGUUGCGAAGGUAUCUGAGAAAAAAAAGAAGAAUGUCGAAGUUCCACGGGAAGAGACGCUCGCAGUAGCUACGACCAGCUCUACCAACCACAGUGACACUCCAAAGGCACAAACAAAGAAACGCUCAUCCAAUGAAUCCACCCCAGCGACAGCAACGAAGAGAUCUAAAAAACAAAACGCCACGGUACAACAAGAAGUCAAACAAGAACCCUUAAAGGAGCCGGAGAAACCCCCAUCUAAACCGGAGGAGUUCUAUCGGCAGCGCAUCUACAAGGGAAAGGUGGGCAAACACAAGGAGUCCUACGCUAACUUAUCAUCAGCUAAGCGGCGCGAAAUCGCAGAUCAACUUAAGCAAGCACAGAUGCAGUACAUUAUAGAUUUCGAAAAUUUUCUGAAAUCCCUGCCCCGUGACGAAAUACGGCGGUACAUCGAGAAAGCCAACAUGCAGAAAAGUAAGCGCGCGGACGAUGAUUCCGAUGAGGAUGAAACGGAGGAAGAAAACGGUGACGACGACGACGAAAGCAGUAGUGCUUCCGAGGAAGAAAGCGAUUAAUUGCGUGCCAGGAAAUUAGUGUUUUUUGCUAGAUGAGUAUCCAGACAAUUGAUAGACUUUUCGUGUUGUUGAAAACACCAGUGAAUAUUUUAACGAUUGUAAAUUAAAUAAACAGCUUAUUGCUUUACCUUA